AUGUCGUCGAUCCUCGCAUCCCUUCGAUCGUACAUUCCAUCUUCCCCGGAGAUAGCAUGCCUUUGCUCCCAUGCAAUCGAGAGCCACGAUGAGAUUGAUGAUCCUGCAGAAUUCUUUCGACGUCACUCGUCCUGCACCGACGACUCCGAGACAAUCCCCAGAUGGUUUCUGGUGAAUGUCUCCAAGCUGCCUCUGCUUGGGUAUUCCAUCUUCUCCCUGUUCUCUUUUGGCACUGGUCUGUCAAACUUGUCUGUCUGCUCUCUUGUCAUCACUUUAUUGGACACUCGUCAGAAUUCUCAAGAGAUCGCAGAUUACUUAUUCACUCAGGAAGCGAUGGUCAGAACACGCUGGUCGUCAUCUGCGACAGCGCUUUCGCUGCUACUCAACACGCUGCGUGUGCCCACUGCAGGUGCCAUCCAGACCAUCUCUGCUGUCGGCUCGAAGUUCUUCUAUGAAGAUGGCAGGCAGUACUACAUCAAAGCUCGCGAUGGUCUAGGCAUUGCCUAUCAGCUUGUUCCCCAAGAUCCCCUGAUUGACACCGCUCAAUGCACGCGAGAUGCGACCCGCAUGGCCGAGUUGGGCACCAAUGCAAUCCGUGUGUACCAUGUGGAUCCCCAGGCCAACCACGACGGAUGCAUGAAAGCUUUUGCGGAUGCAGGCAUUUACCUGUUCGUCGAUCUCGACACGUUCGAUACGCAGAUCUCCCAGGAUAACCCCCAGUGGGACCAGUCCCAGUUCGACCGCUUCAAGGCCGUGCUGGACGAAUUCCAGAAAUACGACAAUACCGCGGGGUUCUUUGUCGGCAACGAAGUGCUCACCACCAAGGAGGGCUCCCCCGCCGCGCCCUACGUUCUGGCCGCAGCCCGCGAUAUCAAAGCGUAUCGUGAUGAGAAACACUAUCGGAAUAUCCCGGUAGGAUACUCAGCAGCUGAUAUUGCGGAAUUGCGGCCCAUGCUGCAGAAUUACUUGGCAUGCCGGCCCGAUCCUGCAGAACGUCUCGAUUUCUUCGCCCUAAACGCAUACGAAUGGUGCGGUGACUCCUCAUAUGAGCAGUCCGGCUACCAGUCACUUCAAGACCAAGCCGCAGGCUAUCCCAUCCCGAUCUUUUUCUCAGAGACAGGAUGUAACGUCGCACGGCCACGCACCUUCGGGGACCAGGCUGCUAUUUUUGGCGACAAGAUGUCGGGCACCUGGUCUGGCGCUAUGAUCUAUGAAUGGAUUCAAGAAACAAACGACUACGGCCUGAUAAACUAUGGUCCCCUCGCCCCGGAUGCCCCCCCAACAAACACCCUCGUCCAGGACGGUUUCACUCGCCAAGGCGAACCCACUCCGAUAUCUCCCGAUUUCGACAACCUGAAAGCGCAGUGGGCUACGUUGAACCCGACGGGCGUGGCCCUGUCAGAUUACCGCGCAUCCACGUCCACCAUUUCGCCCCCGAAAUGUCCAGCCUCAACUCCAGGCGGAUGGGCCGUUGACCCCAGCUCUCCCCUUCCCACCUUGGGACAGACAUUUCACCACGCCGCCCCAGAAGCCCCAGCCACAACAGCUACAGGUAGCUCAAGCGCUCCAGACAGCCCGGGUGGCCCCAAUAUCUCACAGAAUAUAAACCAGUCCAAUAUUGGCUCUAGUGAGUUGGCUUCCACCUCCCCCUCUAAAGAGGUGGUCAGCAACGGGGCGAGUUCGCUUUCAGUCAUGCAGCCCGGAAGCUUCUACCGCCUCAUCGAUGUAUCAUUCCUGCUUUGCGCAUUUAUUGGGGGCGUGGCCGUUUGGUUGACCAAAUUAAUCAUCUACAUGCAUGAGAUGGAACAUGAAUCAGAAGAGAAGUGGGAAUUUGCCGAGGCAAGGAUUAAUAAUGACAAAGUACAGGGGUGGGAGGCUGUCAUAUUAGUAAGAGAAACAAGAAGAAGUAGAAAAGACAAGCCUCCAUGA